AUGACCGACGCUGAUGUGCAUUCGCACCUGCUGGGGCCACCUUCAAUUGAGCACAUCAUGGCAUCUUCGAAUGAAUCAGCUGGGUUUGAAGAUGAUGGCCCUGAUCUUUCAAGACGAUUGUAUAUUGGCAAUAUGCCUUAUAGAGCCCAAGUUACGCAUGUCCAAGAACUGUUGGGAAGGCACGAGCUGCCUUAUAGAAACAUUGACAUCUCAACGGAUCCAUUUACAGGUCGGAAUCCAGGCUACUGCUUCGUUGAUAUGGAGACUUCGGAAGAUCUUACCCAUGCCCUCACCAUACUCUCCUCAGAGAGUAUCCUCAACCGGUACAUAAAGGUCAACACUGUCAAGCCAAAGCGCAGUAAUCCCAAUGAUCGUAGACCACCGACGCGCAUAUACAAUCAAUGGCGUCCGCAAGAGAUUCCGACGCGAAUCCCAGCAGGACAUGAUCAAAAGUCUCCCUCGACCAAUGAGUCCGUCCGCAACACUGCGCAGAACAAGCGCCCCCGCUACGGUCCCACAGAUACCCCAUGUUACGACUAUUCCAGAUCAAACUCGAAUCUCACCGCACUUCCUGCAGACGUCGAUAGUGCUAGUGGGAGUCCUUACGCAUUCGAUCGCUGGGCACGUACCGAUGCAGCCGUCCACUGGAUAGCGCCCGUCGACGAAGGUCGCAGAGUCUAUGUCGGUGGCCUCCCACGAAUGCCACGCCAGGAUGCCGUGAAUCUGGAAAUACGCGAUCUGUUUAGAGGAUUUACGGUUCAAGCAAUCAGCAAAAUCAUCUCGCCGUCGGCUACCGCGCGCCGUACACCGGAAAAUCAUUACUAUACUUGGGUGGAUCUAGGUUCUGCCUCGGAGGCACAGCGUGCUGCUUCGGCGCUGAACGGCAUGAUGAUGAGUUGGGGUGGACGCGUGAAGGUAGCGAUUGCAAUAAAAGGAUGCGAUCGUAAGGUCUUACGUGAGCAAUUCGGGAUAGAUAAGACGGAGAAGGAAAGGAAGCAAGGGAUGAGACCCCGUAAUAGUGCCGAAGACUUUGAUAUUUCUAGGAUGGCUAAUUGGCGUCAGUAA